GUAGGCAUAAAAAAUGUUUAAAUGUUUGCAAGGCAAGGGCCUUGCAUUCCUCUCUUAUUUGUGAUUAUUUGCUGUGUUUCGUUCCCCUAGCAGAUAGGAUACAUUGAUCUUUAGGGGUUAUUGAAUUGGAAAACACCCUAUCUCAAAUUAUUUUAGACAUUUCUAUUGCUUUAACAUUCAAAAACUGGUGAAUGCAAAUAAAUAAGUUCUACUAUUGCUGUGUAUCUGUUUCUCAAAGCUAUGUAAAUAUUUAAAAGAUGCCUCUGAAUUUCUGCCGUUAAAAGAUGGAGAUUUAUUUCCUCGUGGUAGCAUAGCAUGGACUAAUGUAUUGUGCAACUUUGAUUCCUUCCUCUGUACUGUAUAUUUAGCUCUCUAACACUGCACACCCCAAACCUUGUACUUUGAGUAACCCUGUUCAUGUGUAUGUGUCUAUAGUAAGUAGUUUAUUGUUCCACACUGUAUCUUCUGGUGUGUCCAAGAUAGGCAAUUUUUCUGUGUUAAGCCCAAUAAACAUCUCAGAGAAGGAUAUAUGUCACUGGGAUCUUUCAUGAAGGCCUUGCUUUCUAAAUGUUAAGUUUUGGAUUUGUAGUAUGUCGUCUUAUAAUAAGCUGUGCAUAGGAUCAAUGUGUGUAAUGCGUUCUGAACUUUUUAUUGAUCCUUUGAACAGCUUAUUUAUUGUAUAAAAUCAUACUACAACUAUAAUUCCAGUGACUUUACAUUUAGGUGUAAUUAGACAGAGACACAAUUCCAUCAGAGUUAGUCCUUCACCAACUUUUCAUCUUAUGUUGUGUGUGAAUGUCUUGCUUGCUUACACAGUAAUUGCAAUACAUUGCCAUGGUUAAGCAUGUGGUCCUGAACCCAAUUGUUUUUGAUGGUGCAGCAAAUGGUAGAAUAUUUGCUUAAUUUUGCAACAUGUUUUAAUAUGCUUUUUUGACAUUGGGAGUAAACUAAUAUCCCCCUCCCAACUGCAGAAAGUAAGUGAUCUGCCUUGUUUGGCCCUCAGUGCCAGCAUCAAUCAAGGCACGGAACUAUCUAGUUUAAAUUAACUUGCAUGGAGGCAGGGCCAUAAUCUGCUUUUGUCAGAUUCAAUGCACCUGAUCUCUCCCACAUCUUGUGCCUCCUCUGACUUUGUAAGGAAGGACUCUCUACAAAGACCUUAAACAAUAGCAGAACAUCAGGUGAGUGGCCUUUCAGUCAGUUGGAAUCUAUUUUUCACUCAUUUGGGGCAGGUGAGAGUGGGGCACAGUCUCUCCAAAAUCCAUUCACAACUGCCUUAGGCUCUUGUUUAAAGUCCUUCUGGUUUUUGAUUGUGUCAUCUAUAUGUCCAUAUGAGUUUUCCUGUUCAUCUUGUGUCUGCACAAAGUGAAACCAUAAGCUGGUAUUGGUGCAUAAUGCAUGAAACAUCUUCUAGAUUUUUGAGGGAUGUGUGUUGUCUCAGUGAUAAACCACACUGUUUUUUGCAAGACCUUUUUAUCUGCCUGAACAGACACAAACUAGACACGAUUCAGAUGGCAGGCCCAUUAGCUAUUAAAGCCUAUAAAUAAUUGAUUCAUAGUAAAGACUUACUUUAGAACAUCUCGCCUUCACACCAUACUAGUUUUACUUCCAUGGGAUAAAAGGUUCAACAGCUAGCAGUCAGAGGGCAUCGUAUUCCAGUUAAGGCACAUUUAUCUUUGUGGUUGACUAGGAGGCAAUCAACUGAAUUUUUCAUGACCUCUUUUAUUAUUUGGAUUAUUGUUAUUCUCAUUUUUCAUUAUCUUUUGCACAAUCCACAUAAGCAAAAUGGCUUUUAUACAGGCCUUUUUACACCAGGGUAAGUAACAUGCUGAUGGGCAAUGGUGCUUAUUGUAAUGAGGCUGUUUGAAAGAUGAUGAAUCAUAUUUCAUAGCUCAACUGUGGCCCAAGCAUCCUAUGAAACGAUAUGCUGACAGGAUGUAGCUUUUGUUUUCCAGGAAAAGUAGGAGAUAGUGAUCUACUGCAGAAUAAGAAAGGAGAAGUAGGUUGUUCUUUUUUCUGCAUUCCUAAGAAAUGCAAUCCUAAUUUCCUAAUAGGAAAUUUGUGAAUUUAAAGCAAUGGAGGUGGAGUUUCUCCCCCUUAUACCUGCUGCUGCCUAUCAGCUUGAAUCAUACCCCAAUUUUCUUUGCAGAAUGGUGGAUCUAAGCCAAACCUCUCUCGUUUUUAUCAGUUUAGAAACUACCAGUAGCAAAUUGGGAGCCUGAAGUCAUUUUAUUUAUACAAGACGAUAAACUGCCUUCAUCCAGCAAAGAAAGUGCCUUCAGCAGGUGAUGAGACUGAAAAUUAUGGCAUAUAUGGAAAAGGGUUCGGUUCUUCUCCCUUCCACUUUAUGACACAAUUCAAAUGUAUCUCUGAUGAAAGAUGUAUGCAAGCAGUUAAAGGGACUCAUAGAUCUUUUGGUUGCUGAACCCUGCCCCUAGCUUUAAGCUCCAACUUUCCUUGGUAGGGGUGCUGAAGAAGAUUAAAAUUCUUUAAAAAACAAAACAAUCAGACAAACAAACAAAUAAAAACCUUCUAAGAAUCAGAAGAGAAAAUGACUCAGGAACUUGACCUCAGUGUACUAAAGGGAUUGGAACGACAAGUUGUCUUAGAUGUCCUGAACCGUGAUCAGAUGUUGAGGAAGGUGGACGAAGAACGAAUAAGGAAACUGAAACUGCAGCUGCAAGAACUUCGAUGGAAAGGGACAAAAAACACAAACCUGGAAUAUAAGUCUUGUGCUCGCUGUCAGAAACCUCUUGGAGUGCUAAUCAACAGAGGUGCAGUGUGCAAUGGGUGCAGUCACCAAGUAUGCUCCAGAUGUCGCAUCACUUUGAAUCGCUACCUGUGGAAAUGCACUGUCUGCUACGCUCAUGAGGAACUUAAAGUGAAAGCAGGCGAGUGGUUUUUUGAGCAGCGAUCAAAGAAAUUUCCAGCUGAAGGUAGAUAUGAAACUGCCGGGGCAAAGCUCUUGGACUCUUAUCAAGCACUACUAAGUAACAUAUCAGUGGUUCCUCCAACUCCCCCUCCAUUUGCUGAAUCCACAAGUGAACAUAAUACAGUGGAACUUGACCAGACUAAAAGUUUCCACAGGUCUAUGGAAAAUCUGUUUCUGACAUUUACAUCACAUAUAAAAAAAAUAUCAAAGUCCCAGAAUGAUAUGACAGCUGAGAAAGGGUUGCUAACAACAGAUUAUGGGCAAGCUAUGGAUCCAAAGAAGGAGAGGAGAAGCCUGUCUGACACUGCCAUUGAUAUUUCAUCCAGGGUAAAUGAUGCCCCAAGUCUUCAACGGCUUGUAAGUGGAGAUCAAGGUGUCAAUGGAGUUGCUGCCAAAAGGAAAUCCAGUGAAGAGCUAAUUCCAUCCAGUGCCAUAAGUGACCUAUUUUCUUCAGGAAAACUAAGUGGUAGUUUAUUCAGCAUUAACAGCACUUGCACUGAGGCUGGCAACUUUGAGCAAGCUGAUGUCAGCGGUGAGAUAGAAGUUGCCAUCAGAUAUCUCUUCAAAUCUGGCAUUUUAGAGGUAUAUAUCAGAGCCUGCAAGAACUUGGCUUAUGGAGAGGAGAAAAAGAAAAAAUGCAAUCCGUACAUCAAGACUCGCUUGCUGCCUGAUAAAUCUUCUCAGAGUAAACGGAAGACCUCUGUGAAAAAGAACACAUUGGAUCCAACCUUCCAAGAAACAUUAAAGUACAAGAUUGAAUACUCGCAGCUGGAAACUCGACAACUGCAAAUAUCUGUAUGGCAUGCUGGAACUUUCAGACACCGAGUAUUCCUUGGAGAAGUGGUGAUCCCAUUUGAAUCUUGGGAUUUUGAAGACAGUUCAACUCAGUCAUUCAACUGGUAUCAACUCAAAGCAAAGCCCGAAAAGCCUGGAGAUAAUGUACUCCAGUACAGUGGAGAACUUCUGGUGCGUGCAAAGCUGGUUUCACCUUCCCUACGUAACAAGUUCCAAUAUGGGAUGGAAGUCAGAGCACAUCCUGAGUACCAGCUUCAACUUCUAAUUCUUGGAGCCCACAACUUGCCUAUGCUAAGACCUGAUGGCCUAUUGAACGCAUUUGUUAAAGGCUGCCUUUGCAUCCUGGGGCAACGUGACUUAAAACAAAGGACUCCUGUGCUGAAGAAACAAGCCCAGCCACAAUGGAACCACUUGUUUGUCUUUAAUGGGGUUACCGCAUCUCAACUGCAGCAAUCUUGUCUGGACUUAACUGUCUGGGAUCAAGCAUCGUUCGGUUUACGUGAUCAGUUCUUGGGCGGUGCAAGACUCGGAAAACAAACAUCAACCGGUACAGUGGAUGCAACCUCCCAAGCAUGUCUUCAGUGGGAAAAGAUGCUCAGUAGCCCAGACACAUGGACAGACAUAGCACUUUCACUGUAUCCUAAUGCUCCUGCCUUUAAAUUCUGAAUGUCUCUUCCUUAACAACAUAUGGAAAGCUAUGUGUAGCAUUGGUCAUUGCCUGCUCAGACAAGUAUGGUAUGCCAGUUAUUUUAACCCCAAAAAAUGUAAACAAUGAAUGAAAAGAACAAGAAGGGAACAGCUUUACUGAUCUCUUGUGUAUGUCAGGAGCUUCACAGCAAGUCAGACUGUGCAUGUGUGAAAGAACCUCAGAUCUAUAAACACCAGAAGUGUUAACUGCAAAUUUAGAGUUCACCUAUUUCUCUGGGAAACUAUCAUAGCCAGAGCAGCAGGCAUGAUUUCCUGGCACAAUUCAAGCAAUAGCAAGGUUAGACUGGGAAUUUAAUGCUGCUGUUGAUGAACUAUUUCAUGGUUGCAUCUCUUUUUGAAAACUCCAAAGGCUAGGACUAAGCAAUGCAAGAAUGUUUGCUGUAACACCCUUGUUUAUUUUCACGGCUGCCUUCUUCUCUCUCUCAUAAUCAGCCCAAACCCUUUUCUUUCUCCAUAUUUCUCUUCUACUUUGACAGUCUCAGCUUUGUUCUCCUAAAUCAAUCUGGCUAUGCUUGUAAAUUCAGCAGCACUGUGCACCAAUUACUUGAGAUGACGCCUAUAACUGCAGCCAAUAUAUGUCAGCAUCUGGACAACCUAUUCUUUUUGCUUGUCAGCAUCAAAGAACAGAACUCCUCCAAUGAACGUUUAAGAUAAAUCUUUGAAGAAAACCCCAAUGUAUGGCAUUUUAUCUAUGCAUGUAAUUAGUUGGAAACAAGCACACACAUGCAUCCUUUUUGGAAAGUUGUUUUUGUAAACCACUUAUUUAUUCUUUAACUGGAAAAUACCACAAAGAGGGUGUUUUGCUUAGUUCCAUAGACAGUGGUACCUCGGUUUAAGAACAGCCCUGUUUACAAACUAUUUGGUUUACGAACUCCGCAAAACCGGUAGUGUCCUGGUUUGUGAACUUUACCUCAGUCCAAGAAUGGAAGUCGAAUGGUGGAAAGGCACCGAUGGCAGGAGGCCUCAUUAGGGAAAGCGUGCCUCAGUCUAGGAACGGAUUAAGUUCAUAAAUCAAGGUACCACUGUAUAAGCUGCCCAAUACUAUUGAGCCAAUUAAUUUAGUAUUAUCUACCCUAACAGGCAUCUGCUCCCUAGUGUCUAAAGAAAUCUAAGGGUCUUUUAACCAGAUAUGCAAGGGACUUAAUUUAUUGUGAUAAAAUGGAGGGUGAGGGAAACAGGAUAUAUCACAGUCAUAAAAUAAAUAAAUAAUACGAUCACUA